UUGGUCUACACACAGGCGAUGUACAAACUUAGUUUAUUAUCAUUGAUAUUGAUCUUGCAUUGCCAUUGGUCUCCACAAACUUAGUUUAUUAUCAUAGUAGUCUUGCAUUGGUCACAGGCGAUGUACAAACUUAGUUUUUUUAUCAAUAGGCUCACAAGAAUGGAAAUAACGUAUAUUUCUUUUGACUGCGGAAUGGAAAUGAAAAUGGCGGCCUUCUUACAACAACAGAGGUUCGCAGCGCUUGCAUUAAUCGAUACAUUCCGGAUGUUAUAGGUUGAGGUGGCUCCACAAUGGUUGUUACAGUAGCUGGUAUGGCAGAAUGAAAAGGAAGGUUCUUCUGCUGUAGAGAUAAUGGCGGGUACCGAACGAGUUCAGUCAAAGGAAUUCGAGACCGUUAAUAUUCACUUUAACGACCUUCCUGGCUUCACGAAGGUUGUGUUGAUCGUGCCGCCAGGUCCAGGAACCAACUGCUGCAUCAGCUCACAAUGUGCCUUUGGCAGGACAGAGAGCAAUGAAGAUCCGGAACCUAAGGUUGACAUUCAGGAGAGAGGCUUUUCUGUGAUGGUUGAUGCCACUGAUCGGCGGAACAACUUAGCGACAUAUAAGGCAGAGUUCGAACUACAGGAACCAAUCACCAUCGAGCAUGACCAGGCGAAAGAUGUGGUGAGAACAAUCAGCCGAAACAGAGUAAUGGUAACAGUAUUUGUCAAGAGUAACGAGCCCAUGAAUUCAAAGAAUUGCAUGGAAAAGUUUUGAACGAUUCAUGGGACGUACACGUAUGCUGUAUGUCCCCUGGAAAUGU